AUGUACAGCACACCGACGUCGCGCCCGCUGUCCUAUGCGCCUACGCCGUAUAGCUAUGCCCCAACCAAUACUCUGUCGGCACGCAUCAACCUCGACGAAGAAGUGAAGCUAGCCGACACUGCAGCAGAGCGCGACCUGAUCGAUUCAUUGGCCGAGAUCUACAGCAUCAUCCGUACGCUCGACGGGCUUGAGAAGGCCUACAUCAAAGAUGCCAUACCGGAGAACCAGUACUCAGACAUGUGCUCGAAGAUGCUCAAGCAGUACCGCUCCAUCCUGAACGACGAAACCGUGGCUCGCGAAUUCGUGGACUUGGAUACCUUCACGCGGAGAUGGAACAUUGAGUGUCCGCGUGCGAAAGAGAGGUUGAAGGUCGGGCUGACAGCAGAUGAGGUCCUUACUGUGCAGAAGGCAGCGCCCGGCUCCACGGCUCCGGCAGCCCCAGCACUGGGCAGUUUGAUUCUGGCUGCGACGGAGAAUUUCAUCACGUUCCUAGAUGCUUUGCGGCUGAACAUGGUCUCCAAGAGCGCCUUACACCCUCUACUCUCGGACGUGAUCCAGUCUGUGAACAAAGUGACCGAUCAGGACUUCGACCACCGAGGCAAGAUCAUCCAGUGGCUGAUCACGCUGAAUCAAAUGAAGACUUCAGAAGAGCUGAGCGACGAACAAGCCCGAGAUCUUGCCUUCGACAUGGAACAAGCAUACAAUGGGUUCAAGUCCACCAUACAGUGA